AUGCCUGAAAAUUAUAAUUCUGAUGACAAUACGAUCCAUGAAAAUAAGGAGGAUGAAGUGGAGUCCAUAUCCAAAAAGGAGAGAACUCUUUACAGCCAAGGUGGAAGCGUAAACAGGAAAAGAAAAUUGACUGGGGUGCACAGAUUAAUAAUGCUAACCUUGAGAGGAAUUGAGGAACAUCCCGUUGAGACUGAAAAAAAUGAUACAGAAACAUGUUUUUCUUCUGAAAGCUAUAGAGAAAGUAAUGAGGCUUGUGUUCAAGAAACAUCAGCGAAAUGUUUAAAGUUGAAAACCUAUGGAGACUUGAGAAAUAGCUACAAGAAAUUUCGAUCAUUUGGAAAAAAUAAAAAUUUUGCGAGAGAUUGCCAUAGCACAAUAAAUCCCCCUUUGUUUCCAGAGGAUGAUGAAGUCUACGUCAUUAUUAGGUCGCGAUCGGGCUCUUAA